AUGGUGGACGAAAAGACAGCUCGACAAGAGCCAGCAUGGUCGACCGUCAACCCCACCGAUGACGCGCUCGCGGUCGACGGGGAUGAGAAGAGGUCCAUCUCACUCUCCGGAUCCAAGACCGGGGCAAAAUGGACCACCAGAACAAUCAACACGCUCACUUGGAUGCCGCCAUGGUGUCGAUACAACCCACAGAAACCUCCAGUCUUUUCCGUCUGGCAUAACGUCCUCUUCGCGUUCGCCGGCGCCUUCACCGUCGGCAAUCUCUACUACAACCAUCCGAUCCUGAAUAUUUUGGCCAGGGACUUUGACGUGCCGUAUGUGACGGUAUCACGCAUCCCGACGUUGAUGCAGGCCGGCUAUGCGACGGGCUUGCUGUUUGUGUGUCCGUUGGGGGAUCUUCUGAAACGCCGGCCCUUGACGUUGGUGUUGAUCUUCUUCACGGCGACUAUGUGGAUCGGUCUCUGCCUCACCCGUUCCUUCACAGCCUUCUGCGCCAUCUCAUACAUGUGUGCCAUCACGACCGUCAUCCCACAGGUGAUGCUCCCACUAGUCGCGGAGCUCGCGCCGCCACACAAACGCGCCCUCUCCCUCAGCAUCGUGACGUCGGGCAAUCUUCUGGGGAUCGUGAUCGCACGCAUCCUCUCCGGGGUGGUGACGCAAUACACGUCGUGGCGGGACGUGUACUGGAUCGCGCUGGGCCUGCAAUUCCUGAUCCUGAGCGCCCUGUGGCUCUUCAUGCCGGACUACCCGUCGACCAACCCGGACGGACUGAACUACGUGAAGAUGAUCGGCGGGAUUGUGCUCCUGUACAAGAAACACGCCGUGCUGGUGCAAACGGGCAUCAUCAGCUUCUGCAUCUCGGCCGCCUUCACGAGCUACUGGACGACUCUCACAUUUCUCCUGGCCGACCCGCCCUACAGCUACAGUCCCGUGGUGAUCGGGCUGUUCGCGCUGAUCGGCGUCGCGGGCAUCCUGCUGGGCCCGCUGUACGCGAAAUACCUGAUCCAGCCGUUCGCACCCAUGUUCUCGUGUCUGGUGGGGCUGGUGGCCAAUCUCGUCGGUGUGGUCGUCGGCACCUACAGUGGCAAACAUACCGUCGCCGGACCCAUCAUCCAGGCCUUCACCCUGGACAUGGGCCUGCAGAUCACCCAGGUGGCCAAUCGCAGUGCCAUUGCCGCCAUCGAGCCGAACGGCCGCAAUCGCGUCAAUACCGCUUUCAUGCUCAUGACCUUUACCGGCCAGCUGACGGGCACGAGUGCCGGUGCGAAGCUGUAUGAGCGCGGUGGCUGGGUCGCCAGUGGGAGUCUCAGUGUUGCCCUGGUCGGGUUGACCUUUCUCGUUUGUCUGGCCAGGGGGCCGUAUGAGGACGGCUGGGUCGGUUGGGGCGGCGGAUGGGAUAUCAGGAAGAAGAAUCUGGCUGAGGCUACGAGCGGGCCUGUUCCGGUGGCGGUUGCGGGUGUGGAGCCAGCCGACGACGAAGAGAAGAAUCUUUCGCCCGUGAGGGUUAGGCUCCGCAAUAGUGACGAGGAGAAUCAGCGUCAGUCUGUCGCCAAUGCCGACCCGAUACAUGUGAGUGUGGGGGCGAGGCAGGAUAGGUAG